AGUGCGGGGGGAGCGGGCGGCGUGUUUCCGGAGGUCAUUGUUCGGCUGUAGAGGAGCGGGAGGUAAAAACACGGCGAUGGAAACGGAGUUUCGGGAAAUUGAUGAGUCCGGGAACUGGAACGCCAUUUACCAGGAAAUCAGACAACAGUCAAGUGAACUGCCCUGCAGGAUUGCCAAACUUCCAGAAAACAGAAACCGCAAUCGCUACAGAGAUGUCAGCCCAUUCGACCAUAGCCGGAUUCGUCUCGAGCUGGGCAGCAACGACUACAUCAAUGCCAGUCUGAUGUCCAUGGAGGAGGCACAGAGAAGCUACAUACUCACUCAGGGUCCUUUACCUAACACAUGUGGUCAUUUCUGGGAGUUGGUUUGGGAACAGAGGACUCGUGGUGUCGUCAUGCUGAACCGGGUCAUAGAGAAAGGCUCAGUAAAGUGUGCACAGUACUGGCCACAAAGAGAGGAGCGGGAUGCCGUAUUCGAGGACACAAACUUUAAGGUAACGCUGGUUGCAGAAGAUGUGAAGUCAUACUACACAGUCCGGCAACUGGAGCUGGAAAAUCUAUCAACUCAGGAAACCAGGGAGAUUCUUCACUUUCACUACACCACAUGGCCUGAUUUUGGUGUACCAGAGUCUCCUGCAUCCUUCCUGAAUUUCCUAUUUAAGGUGCGAGAGUCAGGCUGUUUGAACUCCGAUCAGGGACCCGUGGUGGUGCACUGCAGCGCAGGCAUCGGCCGCUCUGGAACUUUCUGCCUCGUGGACACCUGUCUUCUGCUGAUGUCUCUAAGGAAAGACCCGUCCUCAGUCCGUAUCAAGGAUGUUCUGUUGGAUAUGAGACGAUACCGGAUGGGUCUGAUCCAAACAGCAGACCAGCUCAGAUUCUCAUACCUCGCCGUUAUAGAGGGAGCCAAGUGCAUCAUGGGAGAUCCAACGGUCCAGGAGUCAUGGAAGGAGUUGUCGAACGAGGAAGACCCCCCUCCAGAGUUCACGCCCCCUCCUAGGCCACGACCCCCUAAGGACCACCACAACGGCAUGGGUGACGGCAUGAAGUCAGAAUCCACGAUCCGUUUUUUCCCAGAGGCUGAGAUCAUACAAGCCAGCAAUGAUAUCCGUACACACAGCGCUCCUCCUGAAUCAGAGAUUCGCAGACGGAAAUUAGCAGAGGUGUCAGCUGACGUCGGAACACCAAAGUUGCCUAUCGAUGAGCCUGACCGUGCCAGUCCUAAGAACCCAGACAGCACAGCCACCACGUUAUCAGAAGCCCCACCCAAACCGUCCAGGUCGCCUCCAGAAGCGAGCCCGGCUGGGCGCUGGAGCUCCCUGCUGGCCAACCUGUGCGUGUGCACUGCCCUCACUUUGGGCGCCUACUUCUGUUACCGCACCUUUUUCCACUGAUUCUUUCACCCUGUCUCUUUCUCCACCCCCCUCUCUCUUACUUUCCUCCAUCUGUGGUUAGCAUGAGGGGGUGAAUAGGUUCUGCUGGCCAGCCAGCUCUCUCGCCUCCUUCAAGAAAGAAAAAAGAGAGAUAUACAGAUGGAGAGGGACAGAUGUCUGCCAACAAGCCCUGUCUCUGUUUUAUUUCCCCGUCUUUUCUCUACAGUUUGGGGAAGGAUGUAAAGACCUUUUCGGCCAAAAUGCUGUUGUAUCCCUUUACACAUCACAAAUACACAACACACACACAGUCUGUUCAGUCGCUCAGGGCCUCACAUUUCAGGUGUCACCCGACUACGACAUCCAGGUUUUACUUAUCCAAAUAAACCCUUUUAUUAUUGCUGCAAUAAGCAA